AUGGGGACGAGGUUGGUGUAUUUGGGUGCAGAAGCACUGGACAUCGCCCUGUCGGCUCUCGAGCACUACCCGGUGCUGGAGAGCCUGGAGAUCGUCAACUGUGAGCUCCGCCCGAAGCUCCAGCUGCUGCUGAAGGCCCUGGAGAAGAUCAAGCUUCGGCAGCUCCAUCUGCAGCAAAACGAGCUGUUUGAGGAGGGCACCCGCCAGUUCAUCGAGGCCUUGAAGUCCAACGGGACGCUUGCGGCACUGAGUCUCGCCCACGACCACGUCGAUGUCGCUGGUGUUAAGGCUUUGGCCGAGGCUCUGCGGACAAACAGUGCUUUGAUCGAGCUGAACUUGAGCUACAUCUCCCUAACCAGCGAUGACAUCAUCGCUCUCGCAGAGGCCAUCAAGCAGAAUCGGACCCUCAAGCAGCUGAGCCUUGCUGGAAACAACAUCGGGGAGGAACUCGCUUUCACCCUUCUUGAGGUUCUCCAAACAAGCGGGGUGGAGCGGCUCGAUCUGACGGGCUGCGGUUGGGGCGAUUUGGGCACGGCCGACAUGGCAUUGGCCAGGGCCGUCCGGACGGGCCAGGUGACGAACGUCACCCACCCAGCGGUGGAGUUCCUGUGCAUGUUGGAGGACGAAAAACUCAAAGAGCUCGAGGAAGCGCAGAAGCUCGUGCUCGAUCUCGACGGCCGCGGGCUCAGCUCCCGGGAGGCCCCAGGCGAUGACGGGGCCGGGGCCCUGGCCGCGGGCUUCGGCCAGCAAAAGGAGCUGGAGCGGCUGACGUUGAAUCUUCAUUACAACUCCCUGGGCGAAGAGGGCGGAAAGGCCGUGGCCUCCGCCCUCGCCCGGCUGACGGAGCUCAAGGAGCUCACGUUGGGCCUGAAUUCGAGCAAGAUCCGUGAUGCAGGUGCCGCAGCUGUGGCUGAGAGCCUGCGCAAUCUGCGGCAGCUCACGAAGCUCAAUGUUGGGCUGUACACGAACGAGCUCGGCGAUCCAAGCCUUGGAUCCCUGUUCUCAGUGAAGCCCAUCCCCACAUUCUACCGGAAGUCGCGGGCUCUGCCUCCCUUCGCUGUGCCUCGCGACUUUUUCCAGCUGAGGGGGCAGCUGGAAGCAGCGCUUGAGCAGUCGUUGCUCCUGGGUGAGAACAAGAUCGGUGAUGCAGGUGCCGCAGCUGUGGCUGAGAGCCUGCACAAUCUGCCGCAGCUCACCUGGCUCAGAAUUGACCUGCACAACAACGCGCUCGGCGAUGCCGGCGCCACCGCAGUGGUGGAGAGCCUUCGAGAGCUGCUGCAGCUCACGGAGCUCGUUGUUCGUCUGUACGCCAACGCGCUCCGCGAGGAGGAGAAGGAAAAGCUCCGGGCCACCUUCGAUGCGCUGCCGGUGCGUGCGAAACACAUCUGUCUUGAUUUCGGCGAUGAUUUCGGCGAUGAUUGCCUCAGCCUCGGCGCGCUGGUGGUGGAUCUGCUGCCGCCGAAAAAGCAGAGGUCGCGCUGUGGUGGAGUCCGAGCAUUCAAACUCGUCGCCGUAGCAUUGCAGUCUUGCUUUGGCGUUGGUCUUGGGUCUUUGCUGGUUUGGGACCUUUGA